AUGGCACUAUUUCAAGUUGAAAUCAAAUCUUCUGAAGCCUCGGAAUCCCUAUAUCUUUCAAGUGUAUUCUGCACCUCGAUUUCCUGCCUAAUAGGCCAGAGCUUGGUCUUUAUCCAGGGCCCAUUUAUCAAUAUAGCAAAAUCAUGUCCAAGUUCAAAGUUAGAGCUGUCAAGCGCAAUAUCACGUGACCUGCGGCUCUUGGGGGCCCUCCAACACUCGAAUAAAAUCUUAAAUAUAACCGCAACCACAACCGAGACAACAAUGAUGGAAUGCCCCUCCGUUGGCGUACCUUUCUACGAUACGACUAUACGAGACCAAAGUCCCCGAGUAGCCUAUCGCGACCAUUCGGCUCUCAUUUCACGAAUACGAGAGAUUUUGAUCCGCGAUGGUGGGACUUUUUUCGCACUUGUAGCGAUGUUCGGCGCUGGAUUACGGAGAAAUGCUCCUGAGUACUCGCUUGAGAGGCCGCCUGAACGAUCUUCUGAGAAACUGGGCAGACUCUUGGCCAGGGGCGAUGAAGACGUAUAUACCGGAAAAAGGACGACUUGCGUUAUCAAGAGUCAAGAGCUCACUCCAGCAUCCGCACCACCACUCCUUCGCCCCAACAUCCGUACCACAGCUUUGUGCCUCCGCAAAACUGCCAAAUGCAGCGCUAUCAGCGCCGUAUUAUCCUUUGCCUCGAGGUCUACUCCAUUGCCAACUAGCACCUGGACCACCACCACGUGCCCAUAUGACGCUACCAUCGGGCAAUUAUUUUCCUUCGCCUUAACGCCGGCGCUGCCAUCGACCAACUCCGGCACUACUACCUGCACCCUUCUGAAGCCACUAGGUACAUCCCUGUGCACCCAAUAUUGUCUUCGACUUAGCGCCCGUUUUGCCGCCAAGGCCGUUAGCCCAUUAAUAUUCUUCCACUUGGAGACCGCUCCGUGGUCAACUAGCACUUGCACUACCGCCUCUCGUGCUUUUCCAAGGCUGGUACAGGCAGCGCUGUCCACCCUCCAUUGA